UUUAACUUUUCGGGAAAUGAGAGUGAAACAACACCAAAGACCUGCACCUUCACAAAUGAGACCUGCGCAUAGUCAUUGUCUAGCUGAAGUUGGGAAAUAUUAAUCGGCAUAAAAAAAAAAUAUAUAUAAAAUGGAAUCUGGUGCCUAUGGGGCCUCGCUGGCCGGAGGUGCCUUCGAUUAUGACUUUAUUAAACAACCUCCAACCAUAGUCCGCAUCUUGAGCUGGCUCUUUUCCAUAGUGGUGUUUGCCACCAUCACUGGAGAAGGCUAUGUCAACCCUCCACAGCAUCAAGACACCAAAUGCAUGUUCAACGGGAAUGACAGCGCAUGCGGCUUCGGAGUGGGUAUCGGAAUUUUGGCCUUUCUCGCCUGCGUCAUCUUCAUCGUACUGGACGCCUACUUCCCUCAGAGCAACGCCAAAGAGAGGAAGAACAUUGUCACUGGCGACUUGGUCUUCUCUGGAGUGUGGACGUUGUUUUGGUUCAUCUGCUUCUGUGUCCUGGCCAAUCAGUGGUCUCACACCACCGAAACAGCGGCCAUCUCUGCCGAUGCCGCCCGAGCCGUAGUGGCCUUCUCCUUCUUCUCCAUUGUCACUUGGGCUCUAUUGACCUCAUUUGCUUAUACAAGAUACCGCCAAGGAGUGAGUGACAUUGACCAGGGCUACACAGACCCAGCCAAUGACUACAGCACCCCUUACCCAUCUACCUCCGCCUAUCCCCCGUACCCCACCAGUGGGCCAGAGGGCUACCAGCAGUCCCCUUUCACCCCCCAAAACCAAGAGCAACCAGCACCAUAUCAGCCCCCGUCGUACUGAGGGACUGGACCAUUGACCAGAUUUGGGGGGAGGAUGUUUUUUUGUUUUUAAGUUGCCAUUGGUGCCUGUAGCCUGGUCCCAGAUCUGUUUGUGCUGUCUUGCCAACUCCUACAGUCAUUGUCAUGCCAACACAAAAAAGAUCUGACCAGGCUAUGGUGCUUCAGCUAUGUGGACUGAUCUCAGCACUCCACUGGUCCUCUCCUUUUACCUAACUGUUUGAGUCAUAGCUGGUGUUGCGCUUACAUAWUGAAGGGUGUGUUGACAUGAUUUAAGUUGGUAUUCAUAUUGUAGUUUAGAUUKUGAAUGGAUAUUUUGCUGCAUUUUUAUACAUACAACUAGAGGGCCUGAGCUGAGCUUCAGGUAGAAUCUAWGGAAAACUGUUACUAGGGUAAAACCUAGAAUGCCAUGGAAAAAUAUGAGAUUGAGUGCCAUCACCACUUGAGGUAACUGCCAUAUGUUAUGUUUCUGUUGUUCUCUGUACGGUGUGUCUUGUAACAUAUGUAAUGCAGUUAUGUGGACACUGAAGUUCAGAUCAAACCACUAAAACAUAUGUCGCUGGGAACAUUGCUUUGUAUUGCAACUAAUGAGGCUAUGCUAUGUUAUGGACACAAACUGUAUUUUUCUAUGCUGCCUAAUCCAGUUAUAUGGUAAAGUGCAUAUACAAAUACCUUUUGAUAAUUUCAAUGUAUUUCAACGUUAUAGCAAGCCCAGGAUAUCAGAACUUAUUGCCAUAUAUCUAGAAAUCAAAUGUAUUGCUAAAUUAUUGACAAACGAAGACUGUUUUUGUUUUUCUCUGCAAACCCAUACUUUUAUUUGUCCCAAUAAUGGGUGCACUGUCUGAAAAAUGCUAMCCUUAACGAC